GGCUCAGGCUGCCCAAGGCCCAUCCAACCUGGCCUGGAACACCUCCAGGGAUGGGGCAGCCACAGCUUCCCUGGGCAACCUGGGCCAGGGCCUCCUUAUGUCUAGAAAUUCUUCCUUAUGUCCAGUCUAACUCUGCCCCUCUCCAGUUUAUACCCAUUGCCCCCAGUCCUAUCCCCACAAGCCUUUAUGAACAGCCCCUCUCCAGCUUUCCUGUAGCCCCUUCAGGUACUGGAAGGUCGCUAUAAGGUCUCCUCGGAGCCUUCUCCAGGCUGAACAACUCCAACUCUCUCAGCCUGUCCUCAUACAGGAGGUGCUCCAGCCCUCGCAUAAUCCUUGUAGCUUCCUCUGGACCCGUUCCAACAGCUCCAUCUCCUUCUUAUGUUGAGGAUUCCAGAACUGGAUGCAAUACUCCAGAUGAGGUCUCCCAAGAGAGGAAGAGAAGGGCAUAAACCCCUCCCUCGCCCUGCUGGCCACACUGCUUUGGAUGCAGCCCAGGACACGGUUGGUUUCUGGGCUGUGAGCGCACGUUGCCGGCUCAUGUUGAGCUUCUCAUCACCCAGCAUCCCGAGUCCUUCUCCUCAGGGCUGCUCUCAAUCACAUCACCCCCCUAUUCUGUAUUGAAACCAGGGAUUGCCCUGACCCAGGUGCAGGAGCUUGCCCUUGGCCUUGUUGAACCUCUUGAGGCUCUCCCAGCCCCACUUCUCCAGCCUCUCCAGGUCCCUCUGGAUCACAUCUCGUCCUUCCGGUGUGGCAACUGCACCACUCAGCCUGGUGUCAUCUGCAAACUUGCUGAGGGUGCCCUCGAUCUCGCUGUCUAUAUCAUUGAUGAAGAUAUGUCAGGGGGGUGGAACUAGAUGGGCUUUAAGGUUCCAACCCAUUCCAGGAUUCUAUGACCAGGGACACUCACCGCCACCUCCUCAUCUGCAGAGGCGAACAGACUGGCUUCCUGACUAUCCCAGACCUGUAGCUGUGCUGCCGUUGUUCUCGGGGCGAAUACAUCUUCAAUCUAGCUGAGCGGCACUAGGACUGCGAGUAUCACAUGUUAAUUAUUGUGGCUGUUAACCAGCACCGGAAUUCUCCGCUUGGUUCUGUAGCUGCGAGGGAUGGCUACGGAGGGUCCUGAGAAGAAGACUGAAGUGGUACUGCUGGCCUGUGGGUCCUUCAAUCCCAUCACCAACAUGCAUCUAAGGCUGUUUGAGCUGGCUAAAGACUACCUUCAUGAAACAGGAAAAUACAAAGUAAUCAAAGGAAUAAUUUCACCAGUAGGUGAUGCAUAUAAGAAGAAAGGUCUGAUCAGUGCAAAUCACCGAGUAACUAUGGCCAAACUAGCUACAAAAGACUCAGAUUGGGUGGAAGUUGAUGAUUGGGAAAGCAGCCAGAGUGAGUGGUUGGAAACACUAAAAGUUUUAAGGUACCAUCAUCAAAAGCUUUUAUCUCCGGAUCCCACUAAUAGUCUGCAGAAUGCUUUACCUUUAACAAAGCCGGGACGGAAGAGGAAACAGGAACCAAAGAGGCAUGACCCCGUUAAAAAGAAAAAUCCAGAUAUAAAAAGUGUCCCACAGAUUAAGCUGCUUUGUGGAAGUGACAUGCUGGAAUCUUUUGGGAUCCCCAAUCUGUGGAAGUCGGAGGACAUCGCUGAAAUUGUGGAAAACCAUGGCCUUGUAUGCAUCAGCAGGGCUGGAAACAGCGUUCAGAAAUUCAUCUAUGAAUCUGAUGUUUUGUGGAGACAUAAAAAUAACAUUCACCUUGUGGAAGAAUGGAUCACUAAUGACAUUUCCUCCUCCAAGAUCAGGAGAGCACUGCGGAGGGGCCAGAGCAUUCGUUACCUCGUGCCUGACGUAGUUCGAGCAUACAUAGAAAAACAUAAUCUGUAUAGUCCAGAGAGCGAAGAUAGGAAUGCUGGGGUUAUCCUGGCUCCCUUACAGAAAAAUAAAAGUGAUUCCAAGAACUAACAGGCACUAUACAACUAAUGUACUCUCUGCUGUGAAAAAAGGAACAGAUCGGUUCAGGAAAACACAGUUUUGAGGGGUUGCUUUUAGUUUGGGUUUGUUUUAAGUAAAUAGUGGGCUAAUUCUGUGGCUUCAGUACAGAUGUAGUCACUGGUGUGGUUUUGUGCACUCAGUAAUUGGACCUACACAAUCUUUUUUAAAUCCAAGAAUAAGAUUCUUAUGGUGAAACAUUUUAUCACAGCACAGUGAACUAGAAUUCACACUUGAAUAGAGGAAUUACAAAUUAACAGAAAACAAAUGAAGAUGUUUGAUUAGGUUUAACUCACACUGCUCUGACUGCUAUUUAUAAAAUAUUAACACACGUUUUUAAGAACUUACUGGGUUUAACAGACCAAACCAUUUCAUCUCAAAACAUACCACUUAGUGAUAAUAAAUUUAUAUAACUCAUUUUUCAAAAACAUGCCGACAUGAGGUGCACCUCAAAGAAAUUAUUUAGCUUUAUCCUGGAAGGGAAAAAUUUACUCCUGGCUGAAGUGGUGCUAGAUAUACCAUGCUUUGAGCUGCCUGCCUUUCAAAUACGCCGUGUGUUUUAUCUGCUGUCAUGCAAUUUGCUCCCAGAAAUAUGUUGUGCUUUCCUUUUCCAUUCAUAUUUCCAGAGCUGUACAUUAAGCUCAGUGCUGUUUCUCGUGGAAGGACAGACCUACUUCAGAAACUGGUUUAUAGCCUUUGAGUUUAAUAAAUAGAAAUUAAUGAUAUUAUCAUUGCAUUGAUUCUUAAGACAAUUUUCCCUUUAUUUCAAAUAAUACAUGAGCUUUUACUUUUGAGCCAAAUGUAUAGAGCCAGAAUUGCUUUCUGUAUCUGGAGUUGAAAAGAAACGGUAGGAUAUUACAACUGUACAUAAGUGAAAUGUUUGUCUUUGCUAGAAAUCCAGUAACAGUAUAUUGUCAGUAUUACAGGAAUAUGAACAAUAGAGGCACUGUGAAUGUCAUGGUGAUGAUAGAAUUCUACCUCCCUUUAUUUGCUGUUAUCCCAUUUUUAUUUGCAUUAUGUGCCUUAUUAAAAGUGUCAAUAUUUCCAAGACAAUACCUAGUAGGUCACAGCUUUUUCUUACCAUCUCCCUAAGAUGACUCUGUUCACAUUUUCUAGUUCAGAAUGUGAGACUCCCAGGGCAGGCAGCCUGGAUGCUGUUGGGCAAGUCUAGAACCAGGGAUCAUAACCGUGACAACCUGUCAUCCUCCUUCCCCAAAGAGCUGAGAUGGAGGUAUAGGCUUUUCCAUGAGCUUAGGGGGAAUCUGGAAGCCAGGAACCAAACACAGAACAUCACUGGUGGCCCGCAAGCCUGCGAGGCUCACAUAAAACCUAGCAAGGGAGUUGAGAUACUAGCAGGAAAACCUGUAACCCGCAGUGGAACUGGCAUCAGGCAUAGAAAGUUGGAGCCCCACCUGAAAUUCUGCAGUCGCCAUACGCUAGAACAUCUGUGUUCUGUUAGCUCCAGCCCAUAACGGUGGCUGUCUACAGAGAAUCUGCAAGGAGAUGAGUGUAAUCAAAUCAAGUCACAACUUAGAAGUGCAUCUGUAACUGCUCUGUGGCAAAAAGGAGCAUCAAGAAUUCCGAGAAUUUUUCCUUGGCAAUUCCUGCAUGAAAUGUGCUCAGUCUGCCAUAUUUUUGCCCUAGAGCCCAAGUGAGCUUACGCUGCCCUUUGAUAAUGAGGUUGGGUUCAUUUAUCAUUAACAGUUAUAGAGGUACAAAGGAUAAAUUAUGCCUCCAUGACACUUUAGCAAUCAAACUGCUGUAACUGCUUGGGGAUAACUGUGUUAUCGAUGGUCAGAGGAAUGGACAAGAUCUCUUUUUUGGUUUUCUUGCUGUCUGUCUUUAAGACUGACACGAUUAGAAGGCAAGAAAGAUUGCUUUGCACCACUCAAGUCAACUAGUGUGCUUCUGAAUAAACAGCGCAGAUUCUUCUAGUGCGAAAGCAUCCUAUUUCUGUGGUCACAUUUCAAAGUAAAACUGCACUUUAAGUCUAGGUUUAUUAUAAAUAAUGAUGCUGGUGUGUGUUGGUGCACUCGGUGUAAUACUAGAGAAACAGCAAAUUCAGUGGGGGUGGUUUUAUAAACUUUGGUCUUAAACAUUACAUUUCACUGGGUUUUAAUGUAGGUAUGUGUGAUGCGUCUUUCAAUAAAACAAAUUGCAUGUAAUGUAAUGAUUUUAGUCAUCCUGUUAUUAACCAAAUCUGAUGUCUGAUGACUGCAUGAUUUUCAGGUAGGUAGAACGAUGUCAGUACAGUUUUGUCUAUUCAAAAUAGAACAUUGUGCACGAAUUACACUGACUGCUGAAUACGGAUCUUUUGUUUUACCAGUGGGAUCCAGAAACCUGCUGGUUACACCACUAGAAGUAACCACACGCUGACAAUCUACUGUUCCAAUCAAGUAUAAAUGUCAGCAUCACAGCCAUUGAUGUGGUAUAGUCAAAAAUAUUAGACAGGUAUAACUUUCAAGAGUGGACUAGAUCUGAAAGAGAAUCUAUAUAUUUGAAAAUGUAAGGUUUGUGACUAAUGCAGCUCACAGAACGUCUUUAUAAAAGAAUUAUAAUGCAUUCACAGAUGCUCUACAAAGGAAAAUGAGGCUUUUUCUUGACAUCCCUGCAUUUCGUUCAGCUCUAUCAAGAGAAGAGAGGGCUCCUAUGCCACACACGUAAUUCAGACUCAAAAUAUUUUUAUAAACAGUGAGACAGCAGCGGACACCACUUUCUCUGCUUCUGUAAUGAGGCCACAUCCUUAAUGAAAUGUGUUAGAUGCUCAGUGCUGCACAGCAAUUAAGAUGGAAAUGGAAAAAAAUUCUUUCCACAAAAAGAAAAUCAGAAAUUUAUAAGGGAGAAAGAAAUGAACCAUCAUAGGAUGUGACCAGGGCACUCAGCAGCUCUUACAAGAAGUUCCCUAUGCAAUUCUUUGGCUGAAAUAGUAACCCGAGUACCCUUUAUAGAUCUUGGUUUGAGAUUAAGUACUGAUCUACAGACAGAAGCACCAUACCCCAGACAAUCUGUGUAAUC